UGAACAUUUCUUAAAGCAGAAAAGCUUUAAAUCACUGAAGAUAGAAAAUUUAAACCACACUCCUGGAGAGAAGAAAGACAGUCUAAACAUGGAGAUUCUUUCGACGCAAUGGAUUUUACCUUCAUUCUGGAACCCUUUUCUUAUAGGGCUUGCACUCUUCCUGGUUUUGGAUGUGGUGAAGCACAGAAGAAGAAAACAGAGUUACCCUCCUGGCCCUUACCCAAUGCCCUUUGUUGGGAAUCUGUUCAGUUUGGAUUUCAACAAUUUCCCAGAGACACUGUUGAAGAUGAGGAACAAAUAUGGGAAUGUAUUCAGUCUACAGAUGUUUUCAGAGAACAUGAUCGUGUUAAAUGGGUAUGAUGCUGUAAAAGAAGCACUUGUCACAAAAUCAGAGGAUACCUCUGACAGACCCCCCACACCUAUUUUUGAUCAUCAUGGAUUUAAUAAUGGUGUUGUUUUUUGUAACUAUAACCAGCACUGGAAAGAACGAAGACGAUUUACACUUAGUACAUUAAGGGAUUUUGGGAUGGGGAAGAAAUCAGUUGAAGAGCGCGUCAGAGAGGAAGCUGGUUUUCUAUGCUCCGCUUUCAGUGCAGAGAAAGAAUGUGCGUUUGACCCUCUCCUGCUGCUUAAUAAUGCCGUGAGCAAUGUUAUCUGUUCGGUUAUUUUCGGAGAACGAUUUGAUUACAGUGACAAAACGUUUCGGAAAAUUCUUACUCUGUUAAGGGAAACGUUUGAACUUUCAAAUGGUGUUAUGCCCCAGUUGUAUAAAUUCUUCCCGUGGCUCAUGAAGAUUCCUGGUCCUCAUCAAAAACUAUUCACUCAGCAAAGAGCUUAUAUUGAAUGUCUAAAUGAAAUAAUCAACCGACAUAGAGAGACCUGGGACGCCAACAUAAAAAGAGACUUCAUUGAUGCGUUUUUUGAAGAAAUGGAGAAAAAUAAAAAUGACUCCCAAAGUAGCUUCAACGAUCUCUCCCUUAUGUGCACAAUUUCUGAUCUUUUUAUUGGUGGAACAGAAACAACAUCCAACACAUUGCGAUGGGCUCUUUUAAUGAUGCUUCUGCAUCCACACAUUCAAUGUCGAGUCCACGAAGAAAUAGAUAAAGUGAUUGGAUCUAACAGAAUACCCUCCGUAGAAGACCAGCUGAACAUGCCCUAUACCAAUGCAGUAAUCCAUGAAACUCAGCGGUAUGGAAAUAUUCUGCCGAUGGCUCUGUUUCAUAUGACCUGUAAAGACACCAAAAUUCAAGGCUACGAUAUACCCAAGGGUACUACAAUAAUACCCAAUCUGAUGUCCGUAUUAAAGGAUGAGACGGUCUGGGAGAAGCCAUAUCAGUUUUAUCCAGAACAUUUCUUGAAUGCCCAAGGAAAUUUCAUGAAAAGAGAAUCAUUUAUUCCAUUUUCUGCUGGUCGGCGUAUUUGCCUUGGAGAGCAUUUGGCAAGAAUGGAACUAUUUGUCUUCUUUACUUCCCUUCUCCAAAGAUUUGAAUUCCGCAUCCCCCCAAAGCAGCCAUCUCCUCGGGAUGACCCAGUGUUUACAUUUAAUUUCAGCCCCCAGCCUUUCCAACUCUGUGCCCAUGAACGAUGACUGCAGAGUGAAUUAGGACACUGCAUUGUCAGGGUUUGACUUAGACUGUGUUGACACUAAGCUUACAUUUGAAAUUAUUUAACUUGAUUGCAAAAGGUAUGUUAGGGAAAGGGGGUUACAAAAAAAAUGCAAAAUGUAUUAGGCAUUACUAUAGGCUAUACAAAAAAAAUACUUUUUUUUAAAUUUUGCAUGAACAUGGGUAUAUUAAUCACUUCACGGUUUAUUAUACGUUAUAUAAAAGAAAUA